AUGAGCAGAAAAGUAGUGAAUCUAGACUUCAAGGGAUUUCACCAGAAGGCAAUGAAAUAUGAUUGGAAGAAGAAGGUGGGCACCAAUCUCCCAGAUAACUUAUGUACGGUUGUUAGUUCUGUUCUUUUCAUGCCUCUGGCAAACGAGCGUGGAAUUGAAUCCCCCACUGUCCGAGCCAUGGCCUGGUUUUCUGCAGCAGUUUCUUCAGGAAUUCCUCUUGUAUUUGUUAACAUUCAAUCAGAACAAAUUAUCACCUUGACGAGAAAUAAUGUGACAAGCAAAGAGCUAACUUGGGGUAAACAACCAAACUCAAAUACUGCUGUAAACGUUGUACAAGGUAUAAGACUUUGGUUUCUUCCAGGUGUUGCAGAGGAAACACUAGAACUGUUUCCUCAAUCAGGAGAAACCAGAUAUGGUAUGGAUAUCAGACAAACCGACGAGGGUUUCAUCUGCAUUUACUCAGUGAGCAAGGGGACGGCUGCCGAGCGUGCUGGGCUCAGCCAGUUACUCGAGCAAGCCAGUAGAACCAGGAACCUGGUUGUGAUGUCAAGAUUACAGGGAAAGAUUCUGAUACCUUCAACAGUCGACUCAGAAGGUUUAAUUCACUGUUGUGAUAAUGCUGAUAUUAAGGAAACACUCAUUGCAGCAAUGGAAAGAAUGGACAGCAUCCAAUUACACAUCAUGUCCUGCCCCAAUCAAGGUAAUAUUGGCACUCCGCUGGCAACUGGUGCUGCAAUUCUCCGGCCUCCUAACUGA